AUGUUAAAUGGCACUCAAGAUCUGUCGCUGCCGAUGCUAGAGCAGGACGUAAAAGAUUGGAGCGAGCCUGUCAGUUGCGGUAUUAAAUUCUACGAGAAGGGUGGAACCACGACUAUCUAUGCUGCUUCAAUCACCAUAAGCUCCGUUGCGACUCAGCCCGCAUCGGUCUUUGCUUCGGCGUCGACCGUCACGUACGAGCGAACCACGACAAGCGCGUCCGCCCCGAGCACAGCAUCGAACCCCGUCAACACAGGCGAUACAGCACCGCCAACCGUGACGCCUACCAAUCCAGUCGUCACCACAAGCUCAAGCGACAGUGCUGGUUUGUCCACAGCAGCGAAGGCCGGCAUCGGCGCCGGCAUUGGUGUUUCCGCGUUGCUUGUCGCGGCGGCUGCAUACCUGUUCUACCGCAAUCACCGCAAGCUCAAAGACCUCAACGCACGUCUUGGCUACCAAUCUCAAGCCGAGCUGUUCGAUAAGCCUCCGGGUGUUGCGGUCGCGCCUCAUGGAAGCAAUGCAUACGAGAGACCGUAUAGCGAGGCUACAAUGUCGCAGGCUUAUGCUUUACCGCAGGCACCGGUGCAGCUUUCCUAG